GAUGUCACUGUGGUGAUCAGCCACUGGAGGGGAAGCUGUGUGGGUGCAGCUGCAUACAUCUUCCUCUUGCUAUCAUGCAUGAUCUGUAGUAGAUGCUGUGUACGGUGAGCCCCUCUCUGUGCGCUGUGAGGCAAUGGAUAUGUUUUGGUGCCUGCUGCUCGCCCUCCUCCUCCACCAAGCAACAUGCACCAGCGAUGGGGCAGAGGUGACUGGGGCCGUGGGCAGGUCUGUCACCUUCCACCUCAAGAACCUGGAUAAAGAAGCCACAGCCUGGAGCUUUCGCAACGAUGUCAUAGUGACCGUGAAAUUCGGCGAUCCUCCUGAAGCCACAUUUUUUGAUGACAACUACAAGCCGCGCUUGGCCUUCUCCAAGAACGGCAGCGCGCUCACCAUCUCCCAGCUGAGGAUGGAAGACGCUGGUACCUACACCGCAAAGACCUUGGGGGUAAAAGCCACCUUCACCCUACAUGUGUACAGGGAGCUGGCAGUGCUGACGGUGACCUGUGUGGCGCAGAACUGCUCGGCUGGUGACUGCCUCUACACCCUGCACUGCACCGCGUUGGGCUCUGGCUCCGGCAACAUCUCCUACAGCUGGAGCGCUGGGGGCUUGUCAUGGCAGGAGGGGCCCACAGUGCUGGUGGAGGAGUCAUCCCCGGACAAGCCACUCAUCCCGCUCACAUGCACGGCACAAAACCCUGUCAGCAGCCGCAAUGUUACCAUCAUCUCGCCUUCUGCCCUCUGUGCAGGCACCUACUCCAGCAGGCAGGCUGGAAUCAUGGCUGCAUUGGUGACUGGAGCCGGAGCGCUUUUAGCAGUGGUUAUCUUUGUAAUCUACUGUAAAUUCAAAGGCUGGAGGAUCUUCCAUUUGCCUGCAGCUGAGGCUAUGAACACAGAGGCCAGAGCAGAGGACAUGACGGUGUACGCCCAAGUCGGCCCUUCACAGCAGGUGCACCUGCAGAAUUUCUCUAAGGCACAGCAAGAUGACCCAAAGAAGAUGCCGAAUGCCAGCGUGGAGACCUUCAAAACCAUUUAUUUCACCAUCCAGGCUCAUGGCCAUGUCCCCUGCAGGGGUUCCAGUGCUGAGCAAGGAGAUGGGCAAGACCCCAGGUUGCAGACGGAUGAUGAGAAGAUGGGCAACGGUAUGGCGGGGUGCCAGGAGCAGGAUGAGAGAAGUGUCUACUCGUUGGUCAGCUAGACAGAUCCUGUGACGCAGCCCCGACACGGCUCCCUCUGGUGCACCCAUGAGCCUGCUCUGACCAUGGUGGCUGGUCCUCUCUGCCCAGCCCUGGCCCAUGGGGGCUGCAGCAUCCUCCCCUUCCCUCCCCA